UUUCAUCCCUCUGCCAGACCCAGUCUCCAGCACUGGCUCCCCUGAUGGCAGUUGGCACUUCACUGUGAAACCUGCCAAGCUGGACGCCACAGCUUUGAACGACUGCACUUUGGCCACCACUGUGCCCUCUCCUGACCCAGCCAGCCAUGCAGUCCUAGCCUGUCAUGCAGGCAUUCACGAAGAGCACUAUGUAAGUGAAGCCGUGGAACACGAUGCCUCAGACUACAGGGAGUACAGAGAUGCCGGCACCAUUACUGAUGUGUGCAAUAGUACUGAUCUUCCCGAAGUUGAAAUCAUCAGCCUGCUGGAAGAGCAGCUGCCCCACUACAAGCUAAGAGCAGAUACAAUCUAUGGUUAUGACCACGACGACUGGCUUCAUACGCCUCUCAUUUCUCCUGAUGCCAAUAUUGACUUAACAACUGAGCAGAUAGAAGAGACACUGAAAUACUUUCUUUUAUGUGCUGAAAGAGUGGGCCAGAUGACUAAAACAUACAAUGACAUUGAUGCUGUUACACGUCUUCUUGAAGAGAAAGAGCGAGAUUUAGAAUUAGCAGCUCGGAUUGGCCAGUCAUUACUAAAGAAGAAUAAAUCUUUAACUGAGAGAAAUGAACUCCUUGAAGAACAAGUAGAACAUAUCCGGGAAGAGGUUUCUCAGUUGCGGCAUGAGCUUUCCAUGAAAGAUGAGCUGCUUCAGUUUUAUACCAGCGCUGCUGAAGAGAGUGAACCAGAGUCCUUCUGUUCAACUCCGCUGAAGAGAAACGAAUCAACUUCAUCCGUCCAGAAUUAUUUUCAUUUGGAUUCUCUUCAGAAGAAACUAAAGGACCUUGAGGAAGAGAAUGUUGUGCUUAGAUCAGAGGCCUGCCAGCUGAAGACAGAAACCAUUACUUAUGAAGAGAAGGAACAGCAGCUUGUGAACGACUGUGUGAAAGAGCUCAGAGAUGCAAAUAUCCAGAUUGGCAGCAUCUCUGAAGAGUUAGCCAAGAAAACUGAAGACGCUGCUCGACAACAGGAAGAAAUCACCCAUCUUCUCUCUCAGAUAGUGGAUUUGCAGAAGAAGGCAAAAGCUUGUACGGUGGAAAAUGAAGAACUUGUCCAACAUUUGGGAGCAGCUAAAGAUGCACAAAGGCAGCUUACAGCUGAAUUACGAGAGCUGGAAGACAAGUAUGCCGAGUGCAUGGAAAUGCUUCACGAGGCACAGGAAGAGCUGAAGAACCUUCGGAACAAGACUAUGCCAAAUGCCGUCUCCCGUCGUUACCACUCAUUAGGCCUUUUCCCCAUGGAUUCUUUGGCAGCGGAAAUUGAAGGAUCAAUGCGGAAGGAGCUGAAUCUGGAUGAUCCCGACUCUCCCGACUUAACGCAUCACAAGAGAGUCUUUGACACGGUGCGAAACAUCAACCAGGUGGUGAAGCAGAGAUCCCUAACUCCCUCUCCGAUGAACAUCCCAGGAUCCAACCAGUCUUCAGCAAUGAACUCUGUCAUUUCUAGCUGUGUCAGCACCCCACGAUCCAGCUUCUACGGAGGAGACAUCUCCAAUAUUGUAUUAGACAACAAGACAAAUAGCAUCAUCCUAGAAACUGAAUCCGACUCUGGAAAUGAAGAAAAGAAAAAACCUGGCACUCCAGGAACACCUGGUUCUAGUGACCUGGAAACAGCUCUCCGAAGGUUGUCUCUUCGGAGAGAAAACUAUCUGUCGGAGAGGAAGUUCUUCGAAGAAGAGCAGGAAAGAAAACUAAGAGAAUUGGCAGAGAAGGGUCAACUCCAUAGUGGCACCAUUACUCCAACAGAGAGUAUCAUGUCAUUGGGAACUCAUUCGAGGUUUUCUGAAUUCACUGGAUAUUCAGGAAUGUCCAUCAGCAGUCGCUCAUACCUCCCAGAGAAGCUUCAGAUUGUGAAGCCCUUAGAAGGUUCUGCCACUUUGCACCACUGGCAGCAGCUUGCUCAGCCUCAUCUGGGGGGAAUCCUAGACCCACGGCCCGGGGUUGUCACUAAGGGCUUCCGGACUCUGGACCUCGACGUAGACGAAGUAUACUGCCUUAAUGAUUUUGAAGAAGAUGAGACAGGUGACAUUACAUUCAAGGGCCUAACUACCUCAACGCCAGUUCAGCACACAGAGACCUCAGGUGAGAGGUCCCAAGCACAAGUGACUGUUUCAGACAGCGAGAGUUUUCCGAGUCGCUCUCAGGCUUUCCCAGAGGAGAUGCAGGAACCUGCGACUGACGAUGAUGAGGGGCCUGUACAUCAUCCUGGGAAGUGCAUGUCACAAACCAACUCCACCUUCACCUUCACCACCUGCCGCAUUCUGCACCCUUCUGAUGAGCUCACACGAGUCACUCCAAGCCUUAACACAGCACCUACUCCAGCUUGUAGCAGCAUUGGCAAUUUGAAAGGCACUCCAGUGGCUACCCCGUGCACUCCACGGCGUCUGAGUUUGGUGGAAUCCUCCACUAACCUUCGGGAGUCCACAACUACUAUGAGCACAUCCUUGGGGCUUGUUUGGCUUCUCAAGGAGCGUGGGAUAUCAGCAGCGGUGUACAAUCCGCAGAGCUGGGACAGAGCUGGCAGGAACACCCUCCUGAGCACGUAUUCUCCCAAAAUGGCCGCCAUUCCUUCCACUCCUCCCAAUUCACCUAUGCAGACACCUUCUUCUUCACCACCAUCUUUUGAAUUCAAGUGCACGAGCCCCCCUUAUGACAACUUCCUGGCUUCCAAACCAGCCAGUUCCAUCCUGAAGGAAGUGAGGGACAAAAAGAACAUCAGGAACAUCGAGAGUCAGACUGAUGUGUCUGUCUCCAACCUUAACCUAGUAGACAAAGUAAAAAAGUUUGGGAUUGCCAAAGUAGUUAGCUCGGGGCAAGCACAAGCUCCUACAGUAACUGAUGAUCGAGGACCUCUUCUGUGUGGGGCACAAAGACCAGUGAAGGCCUUUGUUCCUGGAGGCCUAGUACCAGAAGGUUUGCCUUUGGGUCCUGCUGUAACGAGUGCUAUUGGGGGCAUUCAGUUGAACAGUGGCAUUAGGAGGAAUCGCAGCUUUCCAACUAUGGUGGGUUCCAGUAUGCAGAUGAAAGGGCCAUCGACUUUAACUCCAGGCAUCCUAAUGGGAGCUAAACUUCCCAAACAAACUAGCUUACGAUGAAUGGCUAAAUGUAUGGCUGGUAUUCUAAAGAGGUACCAAGAACCCUCCUUCAGACUCUUUUGGGUUGUUUUUUUUGAAGAUUUUCCUUCCAUUUGCUGUUGAGUUUGACAAAUCAACUUUGUGCCUAAUGGGAAAAAAAUGUGUAAACUUUGUACAGAAUGUAAAUAUUUACCAGAUGUAUUAUAAAUGAAUCAUGACACCAUUUUGACAAUUUAACUCGCUAACCUUUUGAAAAGGGUGUUUUGUUUUUUUUCUUUGCACUGAAAAAAAGCAAUCCUUGGAUAGAAAAAAAUAAUGGAUUCUCUAGUUCCCCCAGCAUGACAUCAGAAUGAGCCGCAUCAAGAAAGAAUUACCAGUCAUGCUUUCACAUUUGUCAAACGUCAGCAUGCACUCAGUAACUUCCAUAAAUGCAGGAAUUGUUGAAAUUCAUGAUGUGUUCAACAAAGCUAGGAGCUUAAUAUGCCAACAUUUUAUUUUGCCUUUGUGGAGAAAAGAAAAUUGGUAAACCUGUAAGUCUUAUGCCUAGCCAGUGAAAGGAUUUUUUCCCCUUAUACAAUAGACUUGAAAUAAUAUGUUUCUGGGAAUGACUGCUAAGCCUAUAGGAGCCUAGGAAGAGAACAGCUGCUGCUGUUUUGAGCACAUUCAUGUUGUGUGUUAAUUUUAUGUUCAGUACUGCACUGGAUCGUGGAAGUGAAAAUGCUUUAACAUAGUGUUUUGUUCCAGACACUGAGAACGUCCCCCUCCCAACGAAAGAGAAAGUCCUUAGAAUUAUUUCUUGCUUUCACAAGGUCAAAAUAAUAGCCUCAGCCUUGAGAGCCAAAGUUACUUAAAAAGUUGAUUGUAACUAUGGUCAGAAUGAAAUGUGAAUGAAUGUACUACAGUAUUGGCAAUGUGUCCUUAGAGAAUAAUUUGGGGGAAAAUAUUUAGUGAAAGUGGUACAAGUGAAGGAAAAUGAAGUUUGAAUUGCCUUUCACUUUCUGUCCAGAUCUUGAAGUAUAAAAAUGCUUCAGUGGAUAGGUUUUUUUAAAGGAUUAGACUAUUUCUACUUAAAUACUGUUGUAGUUUGUCUUUCCUACGUAUGUUUCCAUCAGAACCAAACAAUAAUAGCUGCUAGAUAUUAUUCGUGAAUGGCUAUAUUUCACCUGUCCUAAUACCUUUGAAAAAUCCUUUUCCUUAGUUUUCUUCCCCCAGCUACAAUGUGUAAAAACUUGAAGUACCAUCAGACACCGAGAACAAAUAAGAUGAUUCCCCAUCUGCCCGGAAGUUCUUUUUAGACUAACCCAUUCAAACAAACAAGAGCUGUGUUUGAGAGUUGUCAUGCACAACACCCAUUCCUUUCAGGGGGCUUGCCUAAGAGAACUUCUAGGUGGCUUGCAUCCCGAAUCAGAAUUAUUUUCCAGCUUCCAUUUUGCAACGGUUGGCAUGCACGGGUUGCACGGAUGGCUGUUGCUCUGCGAUAAUUUGAAAUCAGACCCAAUUUAUUUAUUGAUGCCAGUACUGCACCACAUGUAAUGACUGUGCGUUGCCAUAUGUGCCAGACUGUUACUAACUCAUUAGCACUGAUAAUUAUUUGUAUUAAUGGACUGUGUUUUAUUUUUAAUGGAUGACAGAUGAGAUGGAUGUCUUUACAUGAAGUAGACACCCGCAAUACUGAACGGAAGAUGGGAGAAUGUUGGGGGGGGUGGGGCGAGAGCAAGCAGAUGUGCUCAACCGCUGCACAUGUGCUUUCCCGUUUCUAUUUAUUUAGUGGAGUUUAUACAUUUUAGCACAUUGCCAUGGGCUCUACUUGCUGUUUGUAUGCGUGCACAUUACAAGUAUGUAACUUUCUCUUUUUAUCUGAAUGUAUCUUAAGACAACCAUUAGAUUAAUCAUUUGAAUAGAUGGUAAACGUGAGAAGGACCUUUUCAUCGAACUGGAGACCACAAUACCAUUUGAGGAACCAAAAAAAAAAAUGACCAUAUGAUUCAAUUGGAAUGUACUGUUUAAAUAGAAGAUUAGCCAACACCAGAAAAGUAA